UAUAACACUGCACUAGCACUGCAUUAAGAUCCCAUUCCGAACUCAAUUAGGAAAGAAAACACCUACGAGUGUCAAAAUUUACAGCAUCCAUCAUAACCUCAAAUAAAACUAAACAUUAGAAAAAUGAACACCCUCAGAUUGCUAGUUCCACGAAUUAUUUCUAGAAGAGCGUCUACUUUGUCCCAUAAUAAUAAUGCGACAUCACAAAUCGAAGCACCAGUUGUCAGUGAUAAACUUAUUAAAACCUUAGAAUUGGAAGUGCGAGGCAAUGAACCUGCCGUAAUUAAGAGUUUUUGUAAAUUCGCCGUCACGGCGGGCAAUCAUUUCGGAUUGGAAACCAAAUCGUGGAGUUUAAAGAAACCAGUGCACGAACGUUACACCGUUCUGAAGUCAGUGCACAUCUACAAGAAACACAGGGUUCAGUAUGAAACUAGAACUUAUUAUGCCUUUUUGCAAUACCACAAAUUAACAGGCUCAACUGCUGACACUCUUUUGGAAUAUGUGGAAAGGAAUUUGCCUGAAGGAGUAGCUUUGAAAGCUACCAAAGUUGAAGUACAAGAAAUGCCUGAACAUUUGCAUUAAUAGUAGGUUUUUUUUAUUUUAAAUAAAAUAUUGAUCAUUACAAGUCUGAUAGUUCUUCUUCAUCUCCCCCAAUAGCAUUCCAAAAAGCAGACACCAUUUGUUCUGCGCACUGUUUCCUCUGAUUCAAAGGCAAAGAUUGCAGACUGUCUUUCAUCAUGUGUAAAUGGGAAAACAGUUCAGAAAAAUUGUCUUCCUCUGAAAGGUCUUCUGCUGGAGAAUCAGGCUUUUCUGCUUUGUUGUUUUUGAAUUUUUUCAUUACUAAAUUUGACCAGGUGUGUGCUUGUAAAGCUUCAACAACUCUAUGUAUACCAAAUUUUUCCUGGAUUAUGUCUUGUUCUGCAUUUUGAAUGCUUUGCUCAUCUGAAGGGUAUAAUUCAAUUAGUUCGAAGCCCUUAUUUAAGCACCAUUCAGUGGCUUCUGUUUUAGUUAUUUUUGUGUCUUCAUUACAGUAAUUUGCAAUAAUUAAUUUGAUCU